AUGGCGCUCCACCAACGGAGGACAAUGGCCGACAUUAUGGCGGCGUCGCGCGCGCAGGGCCUGUACGUCAGCAUGCGCACGCUCGGCCCCUUCUUCCGUGUCACGGCGACCUGCGCCGGGCCCGAGAAGGAGGCGGUGGCGGGCAUGGAGCUGGGCCGCGCCGAGGGCGCCGUCCUGCCUUGGCCCGGGGGCUCCCUGCUGCACCUCGACUCCAUGUGCAUGUCGCGCGCCACGCUCUCGGUCCCCGACCUCCCGCUCUUCGGCCUCGGCCUCUUCCUCGGCGCCGUCGCCGUGCGCCACGGCUUCGACGCCGGCUGCGUGCGCGCCGAGCUGCUCGCCAUAACGUUCGCGGAGCUCCUCGACAUAACGUCGAACACCUUCCGGGUGUUCGAUGGCCGGCGCCGAGGCGGAGGAGCGCAGCAGCUUACGGACGGCGACGGCUACCUUCACGGCGACGACAACCUUCGCAGCAGCGAGUGGAGCACGCGCAGCGAGGGAACGACAAGGGAAAGACGCCGACGACGUGGUGCCGUGGUGGAGGACGUACCUGCGGCGCGCGCAGAGAGAGGAGAUGCCGCCGGCGCCGACGAGGGACGGCGGCGACGGCGACGGCGUGGUGCGGCGUGGCGCUGA